CUAUAAUCCAGUAGAAUAUCAAUCAAUUACAUACAUUGUCACCGUGUGUCCUUGUAUAUCUCUGACUUAUUCAUAAUCUUACUCGCGCCUACAAUCUCACAUCAUGAACCCAUCCGGCUUCCGCACGGCUUCGCGCCACCUCCACCGCCUGUGUCGAGCACCCGCAACCUCGCGCAAUGCUUCGGUCCGUGGAUACGCUACCACUUUCAACUGGGAGGAUCCUUUGGUCGCUUCGGAGUUGUAUACAGAGGAGGAAUUGGCUAUCCAAGACACAGCUAGGCAGUACUGCCAGGAACGCCUGCUACCCCGCGUUCUAGAUGCCUACCGGAACGAGAACUAUGACCGCCAGAUCCUGACCGAGAUGGGCGAACUCGGCCUCCUCGGCGCGAACAUUGAAGGGUAUGGUUGCGCCGGCGCAAGUACCGUGGCCUCCGGUCUUAUUACGAAGGAAGUCGAACGUGUGGAUUCGGGAUAUCGUUCAGGAAUGUCUGUACAGAGCUCUCUAGCUAUGACAGCCAUCCAUGACUUCGGUACACAGGAGCUGAAGGACCGACUCCUCCCCGAGCUGGCAAGGGGAAAAUUGGCUGGAUGCUUUGGUCUCACUGAGCCUAACCACGGCUCUGACCCUGGCUCCAUGGAGACAGUCGCCCGGGAGCACCCUACCAAGAAGGGAUACUACUUGCUCUCUGGCACCAAGACCUGGAUUACCAACUCUCCUAUCUCCGACAUCAUGAUCGUCUGGGCUAAGCUGCAGACCACGGGCAAGAUCCGUGGAUUCGUCGUCGAGCGCAGCCAAUGCCCACCGGGUACUCUGGAGACGCCCGCCAUCAAGAACAAGACUGCCCUGCGCGCUUCUAUCACUGGUAUGAUCCAGAUGGAUGACUGCCCUGUUCCCGCGGAGAACAUGUUCCCUGAAGUUCAAGGGCUCGCUGGUCCCUUCACCUGCCUUAACAGCGCCCGUCUGGGCAUUGCCUUUGGAGCUAUGGGUGCGCUUGAAGAUUGCCUGGAUCGUGCCCGCACCUAUGCGCUCGAGCGCAAGCAGUUCAAGGGUAACCCACUGGCGAAGUACCAGCUCAUCCAGAAGAAGCUGGCAGAUGCGGCUACGGAUGCUGCGUACGGCACACUGGCUGCGACACAGGUCGCCCGGCUCAAGGAUGCCGGAAAGUGCACACCGGAGAUGAUUUCGAUGGUCAAGAGACAGAACUGUGACCGUGCUCUGGCUAACUCGAGAAUUCUUCAAGAAGUGUUUGGCGGCAACGCAACGAGUGACGAGUAUCAUAUUGCCCGGCAUGUAGCCAACCUGUUCGUAGUGCAGACGUACGAGGGACAGAGUGACAUUCAUACCCUGAUCCUCGGCCGCGCCAUCACCGGCGUCCAGGCAUUCGUCUAGACGAGCAGACACUUCAACCCCUAACUCUCAGUUCAUCUACUUACCUACCUACUCGAUGAAACCCUCACACAUACAUGUACAUGUACAACUACAAAUAUACAAACACGGGGCUACACUAACCCAACCAUACUCCAUAUCCCAAGCACUACCUACCUACAGAAUAUCUCUUAUACAUCUACCAUAGUAAUACUAAGUAUGAAUCGACCCUUCCAGAAACGGUCUUCCCCAUCACGUGAAAGAAGAAGCAACCUAAGCCUAUGCUGCGC